GCCAGCGCAGAGCUGCGGAGGGCGGCGAGCGGGGCGGACGCGGCGGCGGCGGCUUCUUCCUCCUCCUCCUCCUCCUCCUCGGUUCCUCGCCCGACAUGGCGGUGGACGCCAGGCGGUUGGAGGGCCUGAGCCUUCACCAGCUCAACGAGCUCCUGGAAGAUGAGGAGCAGCUCCAGAACAUGGCCCUGGAGAUGGAGGAGGCCCAAAAUGUUCAGCUUAGCAAAGAAAUGACUCUUGCCAGUAACCACAGCCUAGCAGAAGGAAACCUCUUAUACCAGCCAAAAUUAGAUGCCCUGAAAGCCACAUUAACUCAGAAGUAUCAAGAGCUACAGGUUCUCUUCGAAGCAUAUCAGAUAAAGAAAACCAAGCUAGACAGACAAUCCAAUAAUGCUUCGCUGGAGACCCUCCUUGCACUCCUUCAGACAGAAGGGGCCAAAAUUGAAGAAGACACUGAGAACAUGGCCGAGAAGUUUCUGGAUGGUGAAGUUCCACUGGACGCCUUCAUUGAUGAAUAUCAGAGUCAAAGGAAAUUAGCUCAUUUGCGGCGGGUAAAAAUAGAGAAACUCCAAGAGGUGGUACUGAAAGGACCCCGACGGCCCCUGGUCCCUCCUCAGCCCGUGCUUCAGACUUCAGAGGCAAAUGCGCCUCCUUCUGUUAUGCCUCGCCGCAAUCCCCCCCCUCCUCCUCCAGGGUCCGUGGUCCCAGCGGGACGUUUUCCAACUCCAUUUAUGGUGGCAAUGAAUGUGGGGCCGGCCCUCCCUUAUCCAAGCGUUCCAUAUCCUCUGGUUCCCCCAAGAACAGGAGCUCCACCGCCAGGCCAAGGGCCGUCCCCAGGUUACCCAAAUCCGUUUGUGCCGUUGUACCCGCCCGCACUGCCUCAGAGGCCCCCGCCUCGCCUUCCUCCCAACCCUGGUUUUAUUGUGGAAUGAAAAUGCCAUCGUCUCCUGAUUUCUGUACACUGGUGCUGACCUUUACGACCCUUAAAGCCUGGAAACUCAACCGAAGUAGUGGGAAACCAACUGCGCUCUGUGCCCAAGGGAAACCGUCAGUGGAUCCUGCAAAUGCCACAGAUGUUGAUCGACAUUUUUUUUUUUUUAAACGGAAUCGGCAUCUCCGUCCUAGAAGGGUGUUAAACUCAAGGGUAGAAUCGGUGAAAUGCUUCCAUUAUAAACAGAAACUUGCCUCGUUCUUAAGAGGAGAUUCCAGGCAUUGUGGCAUGCAGGCCACCGCCCAAGAGAUGUUCUUUUUGCUCCCUGCUUUGGGCAUGGAAAGCGAAUUCCAGAAGAGAAACCCAGUUCUAAUCCCCGAAUGGUAGCUUUUGAAUAUAUGUUCUGAGAACAAAGUCACACCGAAAUGGCAAUAAAGGGACUCGUGCUGGUGGUACAAAAAAAUACUUUGUGGUUCUGAGUUAGCAAAUCUUCGUGUUAGCCCCUGUGGGGGGCAAGUUGUUUCCCCACUGAUGUAAUCCCAUCCAUUUCAGCAAUAGGCUGCCAAUUUCAGUGGGCAGGUGUGGGAAAAUCAACUACUUGUACCCAUGAAAGCCUCAGGAUUUAAAAAACAGCAAACGGGAAUUUAAAUCCCUGCUCUUGGGGGUUGGCCAGGAAUACACAAUCCAUGCCACUGGAGCAACACCGUCAUUCUGCUGCUUGUGUCUCCUUCCACCCCGCUUCCUUUCACAGCUGCUUGCUUGCAGUGAGGGCUGUGUGUCUCUUACACAUUUUCCCAGCAAAGAUCUAGAAAGUCUUGGCCUUUAAUGCGCCUGUGUCUUGGGAAGCAAGUUUUGCCAAAAAUACUCACGGGCCCAAGCUUGACUUAAUGCUUGUCUUUAUCUUAAUCAAUUAAUUCCUCCAGCUUUAUGUUCCCAUUCCUUAACCCUAAACCAAAGUUACUGUAUAACCAAGAACCUCAUGUCUGCCUCGGAUUGGGACAACCCCCCCCCCCGCCCCCUUUGCCUCCUCUUACAAAUCUUUUGUGUGCUGCAGAAGCUACGCUUUUCUAAAAGACCAGGAACCAAGAUAACAGGAUUACUGUGGGUUUUUUUUUUUUUU